GUGUGAGUAGCAGCCAUUCAGCAGCGGUGGCUGAAGCGAUUGGACUGUAUACGUCUCUGUCUGCUCUUUCUGUGGAAUUUGAAUUAUUUUGGCCCGGCACGGUUCGUGAGGACGGAGGUGACGGCAUCAGUGGGGUCGCAGCGGUGGUCACAGGGAGCUCAGCGAUGAAUAAGCUACGGCAGAGCUUCCGCCGGAAGAAAGACAUCUACGUGCCGGAGUCGAGUCGGCCACACCAGUGGCAGACGGACGAGGAGGCGGUCCGCAGCGGCAAAUGCAGCUUCGCAGUCAAGUACCUGGGACAUGUGGAGGUGGAGGAGUCCAGGGGGAUGCACAUAUGUGAGGAUGCAGUGAAGCGGCUGAAGACGGACAGGAAAUUCUUCAAAGGAUUCUUUGCAAAAGCUGGAAAGAAGCCAGUGCGGGCUGUGUUGUGGGUGUCGGCAGAUGGGCUUCGUGUUGUAGACGACAAAACAAAGGACCUGAUUUUAGACCAGACAAUAGAGAAGGUGUCGUUCUGUGCUCCAGACCGGAACUUUGAGAGAGCGUUUUCUUACAUCUGCAGGGACGGCACCACGCGACGCUGGAUCUGCCAUUGUUUUAUGGCCAUCAAAGACUCGGGAGAGCGUCUCAGUCACGCUGUAGGUUGUGCGUUUGCUGCCUGCCUGGAGCGAAAACAGAAACGGGAGAAGGAGUGCGGCGUCACGGCAACCUUUGACGCCAACAGAACCACUUUCACCCGCGAGGGUUCGUUCCGGGUUACUACGGCGACAGAGGCGGCAGAGCGGGAGGAAGUCAUGAGGCAACUACAGGACGCUAAAAAAGCAGACACGGAUGUGAAGGUUGCUGGGAACUCGGCCAUUUGUGUGACAAACUCGUCCGGACACCAGACGGGUGGUUCGUCAUCGCCCUCGUCCUCCCCGCCUCUCUCCAUGACCUCACUGGGACCUCAGGUCAUUCCCCGCAGGCACGCGCCAGCUGAGGCUCUGGCCAGACAGGGCUCCUUCAGAGGUUUCCCCGCCCUCAGUCAGAAAACGUCUCCCUUCAAACGUCAGAUGUCGCUGCGCAUGAACGAGCUGCCCUCCAACUUGCAGCGCAAGUCUGACUUCCCCAUGAAAAACACAGUUCCCGAGUUGGAGGGUGAAGGUGACAGCAUCAGUGCGUUGUGUACUCAGAUCACAUCAGCAUUCAGUGGACCUCCAGAAGAUCCCUUCACCUCAGCACCGAUGCCCAAACCAGCCUCGUCCCCACAGUCUCCUGUUGCACCAGUGAACGGCACAGCUCCCGCCUUCUCUGUUGCGGCUACUGCUGCUGCUGUGGCCGCUGCUGCCGCUGCAGCUGCUGCUGCUGCUGCUAACCCUGCAGUCAUGGCUCCUGCUCUGCCUGCUCGAGAAACUAACCCCUGGGCCAAAACCCCAGCAGGGGCCCUGGCCUCUGCACAGCCAGGAAGUGACUGGUCAUCUCCUGUGAUUGUAGCCCCUCCUUCGUCCUCCCCAGUCUUGCCCUCACAUAAACGCACACCAUCAGAAGCAGACCGAUGGUUGGAUGAAGUCACCAAGUCUGUCCGAGCUCCGCAGCCCAAUCCAAUCAUGGUAGCAGCGUCGCCUCCCACUCAACAGUUCUCCGCCCCCAUGCCGAUUCCCGUGGUGACGGUUCCUCCUGUUCCCUUCAUGCCCUCUCUGCCCCCUGCUGUGCCCAUCCUGCCCCCCCGCCAGCUCGGCUUCCAAGCUCAGGCUCCAGCCUCUUAUCCAAUGUCCAACGGUCUGCCGUUCCCACAGCCCACCGGGCCUGUGUUCGGUAUCACUCCCUCACAGAUGGUGGCGAACGUGUUCGGCUCGGCCACGCAACCCCAGUUGUUCUCCAUCCCGGCCUCGACGACAGCACAGCACGAUGUCCCGGUCAUCGGCAACGUCAGCCCGUUCAUCAAACCGCCGCCGUCCACCGCCAUGACCACUGCUCACCUACAGUCGGCCAACGGUAACGCGACCUUUAACGGCGCCGACAACUGGGCCGCCUCGUCCCAGCUCGCUCCAUCCUCCCCGGCCAUCCAGCCUCCCCCACAGCAGCCAGAAGAUGCCUUCGAGGCCCAGUGGGUGGCGCUAGAGGGCCGCUCGCGGCAGCGCACCUCACCCUCGCCGACGAAUCCCUUCUCCACCGAGCUGCACAAGACCUUUGAGAUCCAGCUCUGAAGACUGCUGUGACAUAAGAGAGUGAGAACAAGUGGGUGACUGACUACACAGGGAGGGAGAGGGGGAACGUCCCUCCUGCUGCUCUUCAUCAUCUCAGUUUCAGUGGACAAAGCUCGGCAGAGCUGAAAAGACACAGCAGACAGUGGAGAGUGAGGGGGGAAUUGACAGGGAGCUGAAAUCUGUGAUGGGUGAAGAAGAAAAAAAAAAAAAACAGAACAGGCUGCUUCUCCCCAGGCAUUUCAUUAGCAUCGUCUGUAUUGUUUUGUUGUUGCCGUGGAGGGCAAGGUCAUCGUUACCCUGUGGAACAUCUGUGCCAAGCCACACCCACAUCCGCACGCCCGUCCCCUUCCUCCCUCCGAACUCCAGCGCCCCCUCUUUGAAAGGACGAGGCCUUCCGUCACCCCGGCUGAGAGAGAGGAACUGAAGCACUGAGAGAACUCGAGCUUCCACAUGAGAAGUUCUCGUUAAUAACUUUCCAAUCAGAAGAAUGGAGCGAGACAAUGCCAAAAUCUUUAUUUUUAUGCAUUAAGUAUAUUUUAAAUAGCUUUGGAAUCUUAACAGAAGAGUUGUAAGUAAUCUUGCCAAAGGCACAGGCUUGCUUUACAAUGAGACGAGUUUAUGUCGGUGUAUACAAUAAAUGACCCUAUAUAUUAUACAUAAAUAUAUAUAUAUAUAUACAUAUAUAUAUAUAUAUACACAUAAAGAAUCUAUACUGUACACACACAGCUCACAGCAGUGCUAAUUUUUAUUGUGAUGUGAAGAGAUUUUGUGGGGACAGCUGCUUUACUGUUGUGUUUUACUGUUUUAUUAUUUUAAUUUCUUUGCCGUCUAGUGCAUCCUGUGAUGGGAUGUCGAACAUCUCACUGUAAAUAUGGUAUCAUUGCAGCAACAAUCAACGUGGACCUAGUAGUGGAGAUGGUGUUGGUGGUGGUGGUGCCCGACUGGUUGCCUCUCUUACCUGUACUCUGUUUUUAAUAGUUUAGUACGCAUCCGUACUUAACAUUUUACUCCCUCUGUCUUCAUUGACAUUCUUUUUGUGUGUGUUAACAAUCAUUUUUUAUUUAACAUGUCUCCUCUCCUCUUUUCUUCUUCACGUCUUAUUUAAUUUUUUUAGUCGUUGAUUUCUUUUCUUUUUCUUUUUUUUUUUACUUUGCACAAGCACUAAAGUAGAUGAUUUGACUUCACAGGUGAGACGUUGAUCAACAUGGUUUUAUUCAGUUGUGUUGGUGCAGAUGUGGAGAUGCUGCAUGCCGUUCUGUCAGUCAGCAAAAAAAAAAACUACAGUGAGAUCAAAAACCACUUCAUCUCUCACUGUCUAAUGUCUCUCUGUCGUGUGUGUGUGUGUGUGUUGUUUUUUUUUUAAUCAAACCUGUGAAUAUGAUCUAUUUUUUUCCAUUUUGUAAUUAAUUCAUUACUUUAUUCCACUUCUUUGGAGAAAUACUGAAGCUAAAAGAUUGAAUAAAUUGAUGGUGAUAGAGGAACAA